AUGCCUGAAGUCACAAAAAUGUUUCGACAACUUCGAUGGGGUGUAGCAGGUGUGGGGAUGAUCAGCCACGAUUUUCUGACUGCUAUGGCCUCACUCCCAGCUGAUCAGCAUAAAGUAAUCGCUAUCGCUGGCAAAGACCUAGAUCGUGUUCAUAGAUUAGCUACGCUCCAUAAAAUUCCGACUGCUUAUGAAGGUUACGAAGCGAUGGCGCACGACACCUCAAUAGAAAUCGUAUUCGUCAGCGUACUUAAUAUGCAACAUUAUGAGAUAAGUAAGUUAAUGCUUGAGAAUGGUAAGCACGUUUUGUGUGAGAAGCCAAUAGGAAUGACAUAUAAACAGACUAAGGCUCUUGUCAACCUGGCCCGGGAAAGAAAGCUAUUUCUCCUUGAAGGGAUGUGGUCCCGCUUCUUUCCUGCGUACGAUGCUUUGGAUAAACAUUUAUCGGCUGGCGGUCUUGGGGAUAUAUAUCAUAUUAACAUACAAUUCGGUGUGGAAAUUACAGACUUAGAGCGGAACUUAAUGAAAGACUUGGGUGGCGGAGCGGUACUUGACUUAGGAAUAUAUAUGCUUCAAUUCCUUCAAUUCGUCUACAAGGAGCCCCCAACCGAUAUUGUAUGCACUGGGCAUCUAAGUAAGGUCGGCGUUGACGAAUCGAUUUCUUGCGUGCUGAAGUACAGCGACGGCAGGACUGCGACUAUAGCAGCGCAUACCAGAGCUACUAUGACGAAUAGAGCUGAAAUUACUGGCACAAAAGGCAGUAUUGCGAUGGACUAUUUCUGGUGUCCAACCGUUUUGCACAUAUCGGCAGCUAAUAUUACGGAAUGGACUCUACCAAAAGGAAAAUACAGGUUUCACUUCCAUAACAGUGCUGGUCUCAGCUAUCAGAUACAGGAGUGCUGGGACUGUAUUAAUAAAGAUUUACUCGAAAGUCCUAAAAUGAGCCUAGACGAAAGUGUCUUGUUAGCUAAAUUAAUGGACACCAUGAGAGCACAAGUUGGAGUUCUAAAUACAGCCACUUGGUGA